AUGGCACCCCCCGACAUGCUGUCCCCGCUGUCACAAGCUCCCUUGUUACCGACGGGCAGGCCAGCUCUUCGUCGCCUCUCUUCCAUGACAGCUACCGAGGGCAUCAUCAACGCUGGGGGCCCGGUGGUCGUAGUGCCAGAGAGACUUAUGCAUCGCCGCUCCAAAACACAUGAUCCUCGUGGUUUUGCCGGCGCUUUGGAGUCAGCUAGGAACGAGCUCGCUUCGAUGAACUUGGAAGAGGAUGGUAGUCCUGCCUCUCUGUCGGAAAGCUCGCCAGACACCCCUGGCACCCCAGCUUCUCCCCCAGAGGUCCCGAGUGCAGAUUCGUUUGCCUUUGCUUUCGAUAUCGACGGUGUGCUCCUCAGGGGUGGACGACCCAUCCCCGAAGCUAUCGAAGCUAUGAAGGUUCUGAACGGCGAGAACGAGUAUGGCAUGAAGAUCCCUUACAUCUUUCUCACGAAUGGUGGCGGCAAGACAGAAGCAGAACGUUGCAUUGACCUGUCUCGUCAACUUGACAUUGAGGUUUCACCCGCGCAGUUCAUAUGCGGCCACACACCGAUGCGAGAGAUGGUUGAAAAGUACCACACUGUCCUCGUCGUGGGGGGCGAGGGAGAGAAAUGCAGAGAAGUAGCAGAGGGUUAUGGCUUUAGAGACGUUAUCACUCCAGGUGAUAUCAUCAAGGAUAACGAGGCUACUACCCCUUUCCGCAGACUUACCAACGAGGAACGCAAAAACUCCCGCAAACGUGAUUAUGGCUCGACCAAGAUUGAAGCAAUUUUUGUAUUUGCGGAUUCCAGAGAUUGGGCCGGAGACAUCCAGAUUAUGCUCGAUCUGGCGAUGUCCAAGGGAGGUUACAUAGGCACACUCUCAGAAACCUUCGACGAGGGCAUACCGAUUUACUUUUCUCACAGCGACAUAGUUUGGUCCGCUGCACAUGACAACGUCAGACUUGGAAUGGGAGCCCUUAGAAGGAUGGUCGAGAUGCUGUUCAAGGAUCUCACCAAGGGCAAAGAGCUUGAAACCAUCGCAUUUGGAAAGCCCCAAAUCGGCACAUUUGAGUUCGCUACUCGCUUGCUUCAACAGUGGCGGAAAGACGAGCAUCACAUCAAUCGUCCGCCGGAGACUGUGUACUUCGUGGGCGAUACACCCGAGAGUGACAUCAAGGGUACGAAUCAGUUUAACGAGAAGGCCAAGAACACCUGGUAUUCGAUCCUUGUACGCACCGGCGUCUACCAGGAGGGAACGGAGCCGGCCUACAAACCCAUGGCCACUGUUGACACCGUGCUGGAUGCGGUCAGACAUGGGAUGGAGCGAGAGUUCAAAAAGAAGAAGAUAGGGCCCAAGGACAACGGAGGGCUCCCUCUUAACGGUUCGACAUUUAAGAACCUGUCACUGAGUGGCGAGGUUAACAAGCCUCUUACGCCCGAGAUAGUGACGACACCUGAUUUGGUAUAG